AUGAAGUUCGCUCCCAUCGCUAUCGCCUUCCUCUCCGCCUUCGCCAUGGCCAACCCCUCUCCCGAGGGCGAGCUCGAGCGCCGCCAAUGUUCAUGCAAGAAAGUCGGCGAUGAAUGGAUCUGCAUUGGUCCCAAGUGCCCCAGCAAACGUGACGAGACCGCCCUCCUCGAGCGAGACGAUGCCUUCCUCGAGAAGCGACAAUGCACCUGCAAGAAGGUCGGUGGUGAGUGGAUCUGCACCGGCAAGAAGUGCUACGACAAGCGAUCCAUGGAUCUUGAUCUUGAGCUUGAGAAGCGUCAGUGCUCUUGCAAGAAGGUCGGCGGCGAGUGGAUUUGCAGUGGCAAAAAGUGUGGACGCAGUCUCAUGGAUGAGACUCACCUCGAGAAGCGUCAGGCUUGGUGUAAAUGCACCAAGCGCGGUGACGAGUGGGUUUGCAGCGGAACAAAGUGCUAA